AUUAUUAUUCGUUGUUUUUUUGUUUUGUUUCUGGGUUAAAUCUUUUUUUCUUUCUUUUGGAAUCAUGUCCAAUUUACAAACGUUGAGAAUUAUAACAACCACUACUGAUGCUGUUGAUGAUGAUUUAUUGAAUGAUAAAAAACUUGACAAUCAAACGGCUAAAUGUUUGUGUGAAGAAGAUAAUCUUGAAUUUGGUCAUUCACAUGAAAAUGUAAACAACGACGACAACAACAACAACAAAAGCAACAACGAAUCUUUGGAUAAAAGUUUACAAGGAAUAUUUGAUCGUCAUAAUUUUUCAUUUACAAAUAUCGAAAAUAUUAUACGACAAACAGCAGCAACAACAAAAAUUAUCGAUCAAAAUACUGACAACAACAAUGGAAAUGAUGAGAAUAAUGAUGAUGUUAUUGGUGAUGAUGAAAAAAAAAUCACUUUCAACAUUGUAUUGAAUAAAUUUUUCAACAAAAUCAAAUGUGAUGAUGCUGAUACUGAUGCUUCUGAUGGUGAUGCUGAUGGUGAUGAUAACAUUAACGGAUCAUUAGCAAAAAAGUUUCAAACAAUCGAUCAUGAUGUCAAACGAUUUAUAGAUAAAGUAAAAGAAAUGAAUAGAAAAAAUAAUAGUCAAGCAAUUCAAUAUUAUAAUUGUGGUAUUGAAAAUAAACAUAAUGAUUAUCAUACAACACUUUCGCAUAUUAAUCAGGCAAUGAUUUACGGAUCAAACACUGAUGAUAAUCAUGAUAAUCUUCGAAAAACAAUACGAAAACGUGCAACAUUAUUUUUUGAAAAUCGAGAUUAUGUUAAUGCAUCACAUGAUUUAGAAUGGUUAUUAUUAACAUAUAAACCUGAUCAACGAUCAACGAUUAAUGAUCAGAAUAAUGAUCAAAAUGAUGAUGAUGAUUGGAAAUUAUUAAAAUAUUCUAUAAUUAGUUUUUAUCGAUUGGCAACAAAAGCAUUGAAUGAUCAAGAUUUUCUUGGUAGAAAAUAUGCAUUAAUAAAUUUAGAAAAAUCUGAAUAUUUUUUACAAAAAUUAAAAAUACUAUCUCGAAUGAAUUUAAAAAAAUAUCAAAAAGAUUUGAAUUAUGUUUAUGGACAGUUGAAUAUUCGAACAGCAAAUGAUGAAUAUGAUAAAUUUGAUCGAUUACGUAAAAAAAUUCAUGAUAUUCAUAUUCCGGAUAAGCCAGAUAAAAAAUUGAAUCAUAGCAAUAUAUUUACCGAUUCAAAAGUAUUGAUCGAUGAUCAUGGAAAUUUAAUUGCCGGACGAACAAUUGAAAUGAAUGAAAAAAUUUUCUAUGAAAUGAUGAUGACAAUGUUACCAUCGAUUGAUAUUCGACAACAAUAUCAAUAUAAAUUCUGUGAUAAUUGUAAACGUCGUCUUGGUUAUCGAUUAUUUCCAUGUGAUAAAUGUACAGAGGUUGUUUAUUGUGAUAAAAUUUGUUUAGAAAUGUCAAAUAAACAUCAUUCAAAAAUAUGUUUAUUAUCACCAAAAUGUUUGGCCGAAUCAAUGGUACAGAAUGAUCAACAAAUGGCAAUUUGUUAUGAUAUAUUUGCAUCAUUACCAAUACGUAAUGUUAUACAAUUAUCUCGUCUUUCAAUAUCACAAGCAUAUCAUCAUUUAUUGAAACGUGCAGAAUAUUGUCCAUAUCCAUUAUUUGCCUAUUAUAAUAUGUUAUUUCGUUUAUCGAAAUCAAUUGAUUUAAACAUGAUCAAUAUGAAUGAAUUAUAUUAUCAAACAUUAUUUAUGAAAUCAUUACAAUUAUCAUUAGUAAUGAAACAUCAAUUUUGUUUAACUAAAUAUGAUCUAAAUCUUUGUAAAGAAGAUGAUGAACAUGUACAAGAUUCAAUCGAAUUAAAUGAUCUAAUCCAUAUAAUACCAUCAUUAAUGAUGACAUUGAUUGUAUUGGAUAAUUAUUAUGCAAUGACAAAACAUAUGACUAUUUGGGAUAUAAAAGAUCGUAUACAAGUUGGUAUUGGUUUCGGUACAUUUGGUUUACAAUUGAUUUAUAAUAACAAUAAUGUUGAUGAUUAUUAUUAUUAUGUAAAUAAUAAUAAAGAUAAUAAUAAACGAUCAACAACAACAACAACAUAUAACGAUAAUACAAAUGUAUUUCGUCGUUUUGCAAAUAAUGGAAAAUUAGAAUAUAUUGCUAAAAGACGUAUUGAACGUGAAGAACGUUUACAAUGGAUAUCAACAUCAUCAUUAGUAGUAAAAUCUAAUAAUACUACUAAUAAUAAUGAUGAUAAUGAUGAUGAUAGUAAUAAACGAACAAAAAUUGAAAGAAAAGUUCAUUUUAAAGAAACAUCUUUGGUUUGAAAACGACAACAACAACAAUUUUUUUUUAUUUAAUUUAUUCAUAUUUUAAGUGUGUGUGUGUGUUAUGUU